CGGAGAACAUAAUACGUCACAGUGCAAGGGUUCACCCCAGUUAGGGACAGCACUUAAUACGACUGAGCUGAACUAGUGUAGACACCGGUUUCAGAGGCACAUGUCUCGAUUAUUGCAUUAUAUUUAAAAUUUAUUAGAGGUCGUUCUCCGAAUCUAAAACCAUAAAAUGACGAAAAAAACUGCUCCAAUUUUCAUGAAAGCACUUGUUGAAAUGACGGAUUUUCACUUUUCCAAAUUUUUAAAAGGAAACUCGGGGAAAACGAAUUUAAGGCCUAUCAGUUCCUAUGCCAUUCUGGCCCCCAAACACGCGAGUGUACUUCCCCCUCCUGCUAACCCAGCAUGCACGCCCAGCUGUGGCUUCAUCAGCCUGGCCUCUCCUCUCACCACACGCAGAAUGGAGUACUCUGAGAACCGCAACCUCAGAUACUCUCCUGAGCAAAUGUACAAUCUGGUGGCCAGCGUGGACAAGUACCAUCAGUUUGUGCCAUGGUGCAAGAAAUCAAGGGUGCGGAAGGGGCUGAAUGGGGAUGUGAGGGCUCAGCUGGAGAUCGGCUUCCCUCCCCUUGUGGAGCGCUACACGUCAAAUGUCACUGUGGUGCCCAACCACCAAGUCAGAGCUGUCUGUACAGAUGGGUCCCUUUUUAGUCACCUGGAGACAGUGUGGAGUUUUCUUCCUGCGGUACAGAACCAGACCAACUCUUGCAAUGUGGAAUUCUAUGUUUGUUUUGAGUUCAAGUCCCUACUGCACACUCAGCUAGCAUCUGUGUUCUUCAACGAAGUGGUCAAGCAGAUGGUGAAUGCUUUUGAAAAGAGGGCGGACAUGCUGUAUGGACCCCAGUCUACCAUCCACGAGGACCCACUUAACAGUGCAGUUUGAUCCAGUUUUAAUUGACUGAACUGACAGAAAUGUCUUCUUUAAGACCCUCAAUGCCCAUGUCAAACGUGGUGCUACAUAAGAAGACUGGCUCUUCGACGUUCAACUCUUCUGUGUCUCCAGGAGACUUAAAAUGCUGCUUAUUCUACCUACUUUGAAGAAAUUUAUUUAUUUUUCUAGAGUAAAUUAUUGACUUGAAUGUACAUAACUUUUGUUAACGGUGGUUUUUAAUUUAUAUUAAAUACUGUUUUGAAACAAGAUCAAAACAAAUCUAUGUAUUAGUAUGUUUUAUUACUCUGCCAGACUUUGUAAUUGCACACAUUUAUAACAUAUGACCUGUAAUUGCUGUACAAGGUCAAUAUAUGUUUUUAUUUAAAGA